GAACAGCGGGUCCCCGAUUACGAGCCGAGUCAAAUGAUGGGCAGACGAGCUGAGAAGGCGCCACGAUUGGACCUUCUGAACUGCACUCUCUACAGAGUCUGAGCACAAUUUCUCUCGGGGGACUCUCUUGAUAGGACUCCAUGUCACUGCUAGAACUGUCUCUCUCUCUCUCUCUGUCUUGACUGGAUUCUGAGCGCAGACUCCAGCCACUCUCUGGACUUUAUCUAUUCCGAUUGAACCUCUUUGAUAGGUGUCGGACUGAACUCUCCAACAGAUCUGCUCUCUCUCUAACUGAACUCUUGCAACCACGCGAUUUCAAUCACCAAAAAACCUUUGCACCAGAUUCUCCAGCCGGACUCUCUAACCAGCCUCUCCAGUGGAACUCUUCACUCUUUCUCUAACUGGACUCUUGCGACCACGCGAUUUCAAUCACCGAAAAUCCCUUGCACCAGAUUCUCUAACCGGACUCUCUAACCAGCCUCUCCAGUGGAACUCUUCACUCUUUCUCUAACUGGACUCUUGCAAACCACUCGAUUUAAUUCACCAAAAAUCCCUUGCACCAGAUUCUCCAGCCGGACUCUCUAACCAGCUUCUCGAACCAACACCGCCGAACCAGCCUCUGCAAGCCGGACUCUCUAACCAGGCAGCUGCAGCAUCAUCACCAGCAUCACCAGCAGCAGCAGCAAUCGAUUCCUUCCUCGCGAAACUCUCUCGACCCACCACCACCACCCAUAACCAAACCCCCCUGCCGCGCCAGCGAUGGGCGACUUCCAGACGGAGGUGCGUGGCUUCACCACGUGGGACUACGUGGUGUUCUCCAGCCUCUUCGUGGUCUCGUCGCUCAUCGGCGUGUACCACGCCUUCGCCGGCCGCGGAGGCUCCUCGCAAGAGUUCCUGACGGGCGGGCGGCAGAUGACCGCCGUGCCGGUGGCGCUGUCGCUCACCGCGAGCUUCAUGUCGGCCGUGACGGUGAUCGGCGCCCCCGCCGAGGUCUACCGCUACGGGGCGAUGUUCACGCUCUUCUGCAUCUCCUACACGCUGGUCAUCGUCGCCUGCUCCGAGAUCUACAUCCCCGUCUUCUACCGCUCGGGCAUCACCAGCACGUACGAGUACCUGGAGCUUCGCUUCAACCGCGUGGUCCGGCUCAUUGGCACGGGCGUCUACAUCGUCCAGACGAUCCUCUACACGGGAAUUGUCAUCUACGCUCCAUCACUCGCCCUCAACCAAGUGACGGGUUUCACAUUGUGGGGGUCCGUGGCAGCCACGGGCGUUGUCUGCACCUUCUAUUGCACCCUGGGUGGUCUCAAGGCCGUGGUGUGGUCAGACGUCUUCCAGAUGGUCGUGAUGGUGGGGGGGUUCCUGAUGGUCAUCAUUCAGGGCUCCCUCGUGAGCGGUGGUCUCGACGGAGUGUGGCGGGUGGCGGAGGAAGGAGGUCGCAUGCACAUCUGGGACUUCAGCCCGGACCCGCUGCGCCGCCACACGUUCUGGACGUUUCUGGUGGGUGGCACCUGCACGUGGCUCGGGAUCUACGGAGUGAACCAGUCCACCGUGCAGCGCUGCAUCUCCUGCCGCACCGAGAAGCACGCCAAGGGAGCGCUCUACCUGAACCUCAUCGGCCUGUGGAUCGUGGCUCUGUGCGCCGCGCUCUGCGGGCUGCUCAUGUACUCGCGCUACGCCACCUGCGACCCCUGGAGCGCCGGGUUCGUCAACGCCCCGGACCAGCUCAUGCCCUACUACGUCCUGGACAUCCUUGGGGACUACCCGGGUCUGCCCGGGGUCUUCGUGUCAUGCGCCUUCAGCGGGACCCUGAGCACCGUGGCCUCGAGCAUCAACGGGCUGGCGGCCGUGACCUACGAGGACAUCGUCAACCCAACCUUCGGGCCCUUUCCCGGCAAGCGUGGAGCCCUCCUCACCAAGGGCCUCAGUGUGCUCUACGGAAGCGCUUGCACGGCUAUGGCUGUGGCGGCGUCAUACAUGGGACAGGUGCUGCAGGCUGCGCUCAGUAUCCAUGGCAUGGGUGGCGGUCCCGUGCUGGGACUUUUCACCCUCGGCAUCCUCUUCCCGUGCGCCAACGUCAAGGGCGCGAUCGCAGGCACCGUGGCGGGCGUGGUGAUGUCCUUCUGGAUCGGACUCGGAGCCCUCCUGUACCCACCCACGGACGAGCAGAGCAGAGCGCUGCCGCUCUCCACGCAGAACUGCUCGCGUCCCAACAUCACCACGGCGCCCUGGGACGGAUCCUCGACUACCUGGGCGAGCACUUCCACGCUCGCCGCCGUCACGGCCGAAGCCGAGUACAGGCCCGACCUGGCGGACUCGCUCUACGCCGUCUCCUACCUCUACAUCAGCACGGUGGGAGCCAUCACCGCCGUGCUGGUGGGCCUCGUCGUCAGCCUCGCCACAGGUCCCACGAAAGGCGCCAGUCUGAGUCCCGGCCUCGUGCGCCCCGUCUGUGACCUCUGCUGCUUCUGGUCGGACAAGAUGCGGCGCCUGCUGCGGUGCGGGGUGAGGCACGGCGAGGACGAGCCUCAGGAACCCGAAGAUAUUCAAGUGGAGGUGCCGGAGGAGAAGAAGCAGCCGCUCGACACGAACGGCCUCGAUUCGAACUCCGCAAGUCCCAUCAGGCAGACGAAGCUGUAGCAGCGUGGCGCGCCUCCAAACGGAACCUUUCGAGGCGGUGUGGAGGGGAUGGGCUACAUUCGUCUGGUCGUGACCCCAACGUGACCCCACCGGACCGGACUAAGAUUUGGACUUGAUCUAACCUCGUUGAGAUCUCUCUCUCUCUCUCUGUCUCGCUGUGUCUCUCUUUGCGAGUGUGUGUUGUUGUUGUUGUCGUGUUUGUUUUAAUCCCAGCAGCCACUUUGUGUCGAGUAACCCUGUCCACGUUCUCCUUUAUAUGCGUGGCAUCGGGUUUAUUUUAUUAUUCAUUUCUGUUUUUCUUGAGUAAGAGUUUCAUUUUUAUCACAUUGGUAUAUUAAAUUAAAUAUGAAAAAAAAUUCCCUAAAAAGUGAAACAUUUUGGGGAAAAAAUUUCACGAAAAUAAAUUGUCACGCACAACGAGUCUGUGUGCAAAAUGUCAGCUCGAUUGGAUCACGGGAAGUGGGUUAAAAAACGACCGAAAGAUUUGCACGGUCCUAAGCAAGCAAGCAAGCACGCAAGCAAGCAAGCAAGUGAACUUAAUAUAAAGGAUUUAAAAAGAAAGAUGUUUGUGAGAUGUAAACAACAAUAACAACAACGGUUCGGAUGAGACAACAAUCCUCAUCUCUUCCUGUGUUGCUGCUGCUGCUGGCUCCUUUUAGUUCAAACAAAAGGGCUCGCAGUUUCGAUGGGGGUCACGGUAUCGAUUAAAUAUUCAUCUGUGGUUGUUUUUG